AUGAUAAAGAGAUUUAAGAAACUAUUUUAGAGUUAAAGUGAGUUCUAGUCAUUUCUAACAAAAUCUAGUCUAACAAAAGAUAACUUUGUUUACAAACAAGAAGAUGUUGAAAAUUUAAUACCAUUUCUGACAGAUGAACAAAAUAUAAUCGAUUUUUUUUAGGUGUAUUAGGAAGAAAGCUUACAACCUUAUACAAUAAAAAUGAAAAUGCUUAUAACAAUUCAUUAGGUGCUGAAUAUCAGUGAUGAGUUUGUUUUGUAAUUCUCUUAAAUAAAUUUUGCAUACUUUAAUAAGUAUGAAUGAUUGAAUAUUAGCAUGCUUUUCCAAAAACAAGAAACAUUAAUGAAUAAGUAGUUAUAAAAUGAAAUAUGGUUGUUGGAAAAUCUAUAAAUUCCAUUCUUGUAGUAUUUAUAAAAAUUAGCAUUAAAUAUACAGGAGAUUAAAAGUUAUAGAAACCAUCAUUUUCGAAAACAAAUUCAUUAAUCUAAGUAUAAUGGUGUAAAUUUAUUUAAGUCUUGUUAUAGAAUGCUUCAAAUUAGAAAACCUUGUAAAUUAAGGUUUAUCUCUAGUACCUUAACUGAAAACAUCUUUAUAAAAUUUUCCUCACGAUUUUCUAUUGAAGAAAUUGGCUUGUAACCUCUAUUGUGAAUUAAGACAGUUUCAAAGACAAUUGAUUAAUUCUCUAUCUUCUUUAUUGGAUGCAAACUCUAGGGCCUCAAAUAUUGAGAUAUUUGAGUUCUUCAGAGAAGUAAGAUCUCUCUCUCACAAUUCAAAUAGGUGUAAAUGAUUGAGAAGAAGACCAUGUCAUAUUAUAUGUUACACAAGUUGUUUGAUCCUGGAAGAAAAUUGAUGCCUCCUUUGUAAUUGAAAAUAGAUAUCAAAAGUGCAAAACAUCUUGAAUAGUAAGCUUUAAAUGAACAAUUAAAGAUUAAUUAGCAAAAGCUAAUGAAAAGUCAACGUAAUUCUAGAUCUAAUAGCAUGGAUUAAAAAUAAAGAGAGUCUUAAGGUUUUAUUAGUUAAAGAGAGAAAAGAUUUAUGAUAUAUAGCAGAGCAAAAAAAUAAGACACUAUUUAGGAAGAUAUUGAAAUGCCAACUGAAGAAUAAUAACCAUUAGAUAAGAUAAAGUCAACUUAAAUUAUUGAUCAUUAAGCCAAUGAAAUUCCAAUACAAUUUGAUAAUGAUGACAAUAACGAUAGUAAUAUCCAAAAAAAAUAAAGCAGCAAUCAGAGUGAAAUUAAUGAAAGAAACAGUCAGAAAGAGACUAAUGAUAUUGUUAAAAAUCAAGAAAGUACUAGUCAAGCAGAUUAAGAUGAAAAUUAAUAUAUUUGA